AUGAUCGAUGGCUGCAGCGUAUCGAUCAUUGAAGAUACAAAUUUCUUUGAGGGACUGCACGCGAUCGCUGGGUUGACGCACCUCUGUCUCCAUCUCAAGUUUGGUUAUAGCCAGCUCGACGAAGACUCAUCGGACUUCAACCUGAAUCUCGUUGAGUACCUGAUUAGCACGCCCUCUCUAACAUCGCUCAGUCUGCCCCGGACUCGCCCCCUGAGGAACAACACACAGCUCCUCAAGUUCGUCCUGCAGUCCUCUCAAUCCCAUAUCAAGCGUCUGAACCUGUCCAAUAUGUCCAAGCUCCUAAAGAUCGAUAAAAAGUUGGAGUACGCUCGACUUGCCUAUGACGUCGAAGAGCCCUUGGUGUGUCAUGACGAUAGUCCGCCUGCUUGCACCAGAGAGGAGAUAUUGCAAUCGUUUGGCAAUGUUAGUCAUCUGCGUCUGGUGGACUAA